AUGCAGAAGGAUACUGGAAAGGCAGUUGGUCUAGUUCCAAAUGAUUUAAAACCAGGGGAUAUGCAAGAAGGGAACAAGGAUUUUGUUGGAGAGUUAUCAGUGACCAUUAUGGACGCUCGAAAGCUUUGUUAUUUCUUCUAUGGUAAAACUGAGUCUUUAGAUCCAAAAACAACUAUUCUUGUACCUGAAGACAGAUAUGGACUUCAUGCAAUUGAUACAUUGGACCCUGACAUGACAUUUCAGGAGUCACUGAUUGCAGCUGGAGCAGGAAUUUCCUUGGUUGAUUCAGUGGUUGCAGCAUCAAAGAAAAGCCAGGACCAACCUGUUGGUUCUGCUUUGAUAAGACCACCUGGGCAUCAUGCUAUUCCUAAGGGGCCUAUGGGGUUUCGUGUUUUUGGAAAUGUGGCCAUUGCAGCCCAUUAUGCACAACGAGUACAUGGCUUGAAAUGUGUUUUUAUCAUUGAUUUUGACAUUCACCAUGGGAAUGGGACAAAUGAUGCUUUCUAUGAGGAUCCUGAUAUAUUUUUUCUUUCAACUCACCAAGAUGGAAGCUACCCAGGUACUGGUAAGUUUGACGAGGUAGGUCAAGGAGAUGGGGAAGGAACAACUCUUAAUCUUCCUCUACCAGGAGGCUCUGGUGAUAUUGCCAUUAGAAACAUGUUUGAUGAAGUUAUUGUCCCAUGUGCUCAAAGGUUUAAGCCGGAUAUUAUUCUCGUCUCUGCUGGGUAUGAUGCUCAUGUAUUGAAUCCGCUAGCCAGUUUGCAAUUUACAACGGGGACAUACUACAUGCUUGCAUCUAACAUUCAACAACUUGCCAAAGAUCUAUGUGGUGGCCGCUAUGUGUUUUUCUUGGAAGGAGGCUACAACCUUGAUUCUCUUUCAUACUCAAUAGCAGAUUCUUUCCGUGCUUUUCUUGGAGAGCCAAGCUUGGCAUCUCAGUUUGACAACCCUGCUAUAUUGUACGAAGAACCGGUCAACAAAGUUGAGCAAGCUAUCAAGAGAGUAAAACAUAUACAUUCAUUGUAAAGAUGUAAUGUAGAUUUACAUGGUUUAUGUGAACAUCUAAAAUUGUUGUAGAGUUCAAACUAUAAUAGCAUUG